AAGGCAACCUUUUCUCAAAAUAAGUAAAUAAAUACAUAAAUACAUAAAUGAAGUCAGAGAAGUAACUAUGGGGAGAGAGUUCACAAUUCUUGACUCUUAGUUCAGACAUCAGAUAAGGACCAAUCUGGAAAAGCCUACCCAGAGUGUAGUAAGUUCUUGACAUCUCCAGGGGUGGGAGGAGUCACUAGGAACGGACUGCUGACAAACCAGCAUUUCAAUGCCCGAAGCCUGAAAGAUGCCAUAUCAUCUUUGGAAACCUGAAGAUGAGAGAGACAGAGAGAAAAACAGAGAGAGAGAGAGAGAGAGAGAGAGAGAGAGAGAGAGAGAGAGAGAGAGAGAGAGAGAGAGAGAGAGAGAGCGCUUCCCGACGGAGGAAGCUCAGCCUGGAUCUUUAUUUUUUUAACCUCCCACUCUGCUGACAUCCUACACCAGUGGCACAGAACAAUCACAGCUGUCCCCACCCGAAGCCUUGGACAGCUGCCGUGAUUUGAAUAACCAGGCAGGCUGAUGAUAUAUGUGUGUGUGUGUAGGGGGAACGGACAUGGGACUGAUUUGCCUGGUAAACAGUCCCUGGAGUCCUUCACCCUGCCAAGACUGGAGCCAUGCUUCUUUCUUCUCUCUAGCCCCAGGAGUAGCCUAAGCAAUUCUCUCACUCAAGCCUCUCUGGGGGUCCUCUAGUGUCUCAGCCCCUGGAGACUGCAGAGUUCCUUGGGAGUCUGGCCUAGGAAAGAAGCCAUAAUAGCAGGCCCCAAGGCAGCGGUAACUAGAGCCAGUUAAGGCUGCUCCCCAGGCUUGUCCCAAAAUUUGCAUGAAGAGAAUGAGGCUCCUCCAUGGGUCUCCUGACCUCACCUGGUUCUGGAUAGUUCUGGGGCUGAGGUCUGACAGACAGACAGGCUGAAGAGGCAGUCCUGCAAGGAGCCAUCCCACCAGCCUAAAAGCCAUGCCCCGGGUCUUCCUUGUGAGGAGUCGGCGUCCACAACCCCCUGAUUGGAGCCAUCUGCCUGACCAGCUCCGGGGCGAUGCCUACAUCCCAGACUGCAGCAGCCUGAACGUGCCACCAGCGCACAGAUCUCCCGGUCUGCGAGACACGUGGACAGUGUCCUCACAGGGAACACUGACCUCUGCUCCCAGGGCCCCGGGAACACUUGGCUGCCCACUUUGCCCCAAGGCCUUCCCAUUGCAGCGCAUGCUGACUCGGCACCUCAAAUGUCAUAGCCCAGCACGGCGCCACGUGUGCCAUUGCUGUGGUAAGGGCUUUCACGAUGCCUUCGAUCUCAAGCGCCACAUGAGGACUCACACUGGCAUACGGCCAUUCCGCUGUGGAGCUUGUGGAAAAGCUUUCACACAGCGCUGCUCCCUUGAAGCUCAUCUUGCCAAGGUGCACGGGCAGCCAGCCAGCUACGCUUAUCGGGAGCGCAGAGAGAAGCUGCACGUGUGCGAAGACUGCGGCUUCACCAGCUCUCGGCCUGAUGCUUACGCGCAGCAUCGCACGCUACACCGCACAGCCUGAUACACUGGCUGCCGCCUAUCC